AAAAGAGUUAAAAAAGUAUAUUUUUAACGAAAAUGGGUUACAAAAUUUUAAAUCAUCAUUUGAUGUUAAUUUUAUUAAUACAAUUGUUACUUUGGGUUACAAUUAUAAAUGGACAAUUUAUGCCAGGACCUCGAAUAGGUCACACAGUAAAUAUGGUUUUAGGUAAAAUAUAUGUUAUAGGAGGAUACAAUUUCUCUGCUUCUAUACCUCAAAUAAGUGAUGCAUUUUAUUUGAGUGGAGAUCCAUUAAUAUGGACAGAUUUAAAUAGUCAAGGUGCAAAUAUUCCAUUUAAAUUUGGACAUACAGCUAAUGUAGGAGGACCUAAUCAAGAUUUGAUAUUUAUAAUAGGUGGUGGUCCAAGUAUGAAUUCAGUAUAUCAAUUUGAUAUUAAAACAAAUAAAUUAAGUGUGAUAGGAAAUGCUCCAGAACCAAAUCGGGCAUUUAUGAGUUCCGUUAUUAAUGGAGGAAAAAUCUAUUUAUUUGGUGGAAACGAUUUUAGUAAUCCAGAUACAUUUUUUAAUGAUCUAUAUAUUUUUGAUACUACUAGUUUGAAUUGGGCAGCUGGUAGCCUAAUUAAUGCUCCUCCUCCCACAAAUAAGCUUACAGCAACAUUAGUUAAUGGAAUUAUAUAUUAUAUUGGUGGUAUGCAAAUGAAUAAUCUUCACACUCCAAUGACCGACAUUUACCAAUAUGACACUGUCACGAAUAUAUGGUCUUUAAAGAUAGCCACGUUGGCUCUGGGAGGUGGGCCAGGACCUAGAUUUGGCCAUACGGCUGUUUUAGUUGGUGGCAAAAUUUGUAUAUUUGGAGGAAUUUACCUUAAUUUUCAAUCACCUAAUGAACCAAUCGCCACGCUAGAUGUUUUCACUUUACAAUGGUCAAUACCACAAUUUAAAAAUCCCAGUUUACCGAAUUUACCAAACCUUGUUUAUCAUACUGCCACACAAAUACAGAAUCUUAUGUUCGUCGCUUUCGGAAAUGACACAAAGAUACCGACAGAUGGAUUUAACGGAUUAAAUAAUAAUUUUUAUUUAUUCGACUUUGAUAAACUUCAAUGGUCUAUAAUACCACCAACAGCAUUUGUUCAAUCUAAUCCUAGUUCCAAUCCUAGUCCCAAUCCUAGUACUAAUCCUAGUACUAAUCCUAGUCCUACUAAGACUACUAGUUCUGGUGCACCAACGUUUACACUUCCAACAAAAUCAACAGUUACUCCAACAAUUCUUCCCACAAUCGAAGAACAAGCUUCGAAUAAACCAGUAAUUGUUGGUUUAUCAGUUGGAAUAGUACUAGUUGGAUCAGCAGCGAUCGGAGCAUUAAUAUUUGUAUUUUAUAGACGUAAGAAAAGAAAAGAAUUCGAUGAUACAAGUACUUCUAAUGGUCAAAUUCCAUUCAAUCAAUUCGAUCAACGAUCAAGUUUAUAUCCAAAUCAACAACAGUAUGCACCAGAUCAAUUUCCAAAUCAAUAUCAACAAUUUACGCCACAACAACGUAUCUCAAAUUUUAAUAAUUUAUCUCAACCUCAAGAAUAUUCCGGUCAAGAUUCUAUUUUACAAAUUCCAUCAGAUGGAGAGGAUAGAUUUUCCAAUCAUACUUCAAAUUAUUAUCCGGGAAGUGAAACUUAUCCUUAUACUCAAGGAAGUGAAAUUCCUCCACCACCACCACCAAAGACUCCAUAAACUAACUAUCAACAUGUAUAUAUUAUAUUAAUUGUAAUGUUUUAAAAUAAUUGUAGGUAAACCUUUAUAUACUUAAUUAUAAUGAACGAUUUUUUGCUUUAAUUAAUCUUUAUAAUAUGAUAUGAUGUCUAUAUAAAUUUUAUUUUCAUUUAAUUGUCGAAGAAACUAUGUAAUUAAAAAAAUUUGUGUAAUCACUGUCACGUUUAGAUUGUCUUAUAUAUAAAAUAAAUAAAUUGUACGGUAUGCCUACAUGGCUGUAGUUUGUGUAUUAUAUCACAUAUGUAA